UCUGAUUCUGAUGCGACUCGGCCCAUUUGUAUCAUCACCGGCUUGCAAGACCCUGUCUAUCGCUCUUUCCCUUUCUCGACCCACGAAUCGCCCUCUGCUUCCCUCCUCACGACUGUUCAACACACAAGUCGGGCUCAUGGUUUAGACCGACACGCACGAACCCAAUGGAUCAAACCACUGCCAGUUUCGACUUUGGCGCAUCCGCCGUGCCCGACAACACCGAAGAGUGGAAUGACUGGUUGAAAUGGGAUCCCGCUCAAGAUGCCAUUUCGCCCGAUAGUUCUACCCUGACGAGCAACAACUCUCCCAUGCAGGAUGUCAACUUCAACGCCAACCAGUUUCCGCCUUUGAACGUCGACGAAACACUUGCGCCGCCACUGAUUGUUGGCGACGACCCAAACUUUGCCGACUUCUCCUUUGCCGACGCCGCCUUCGACUUUGGCCAACCCGAUAGCAAGACCGACGACCUACCUUUCCUCUUCGGCGCCGAUACGAACAACCUACAGUCCAUUGUCGACCACUUGGACGUCGAACCGCAAGAGGCUUCAUCCUCCUCCGCAUCCUCCUUAUGGCCACCAAUCGGUCAGAAUGUCAACGCGCCGCAACAAAGCGAACUUCUUGCGCCCAUCAUCCUCGGUAGCAACGAUUACCCCACGACGGGGCCAGGAUCCGUCUCGAGCACCAGUCAACAUCGCAGUAGCCCUGCCUCCACAUCACAUGCCCGUACGAGCGUAUCGUCAAUAUCACCAGCGCCAGAGCAAGCCGAACAGCCCGCUAAGAAGAAGGGCGGAAGGAAGCGAAAGGUCUCUACGAGUGACGAAGAACAACAACAGAGUCCGGAAGAUGGUGGUCCCCCGAUCAAGAAAACGUCGCAUAACGUGAUCGAAAAGCGAUACCGCAACAACUUGAACGACAAGAUCGCCGAACUCCGCGACAGUGUGCCUAGUCUUAGGGCCAUGUCGAGGCCUAGUGGUAACGACGACUCAGAGGAUCUCGAAGGCUUGACGCCGGCGCAUAAAUUGAACAAAGCCACGGUACUGGCCAAGGCUACCGAAUAUAUCAAACACCUGGAGAAGAGGGCAAAGACACAAGCAGAUGAGCUGACUCAACUCAAGACUCGCAUGGCAACUAUGGAGAAGGUCAUGGCGAGAUCUGCUAACACCAAUCAACAUGCCGGCAUUCUCACACCUGCCAUUGCUCGCUCAAGACAGGGCUCCAUUGCCUCACAAGUACCGAGGCGUAUGCAACAAGACCAAUACUUGCAACAACAUCCGCAACCCAGCUACGAACCUCAAGAUGUCGUUGCUGAGCCUGGGCAAAAUAACCUCGUCAAUGCCCAAGGCGCUGGUAAUGGUUUCGUUGGCAAACUCAUGGUCGGCUCGCUGGCUGCACUGAUGGUCAUGGAAGGCUUCCAUGAGCAAGAACAAGACUCUCAUUCCACAUCAGGACGGGGUCUCUUCGCUGCUCCUAUGCACUUGAUCAAGCGUGGCCAAUUCCUCAGAUCCCCCUCGCAUGCUGCUUACGGCUCUUCAGCUCAGGCCGCCCUUCCCUUACUCAAGACUUUCUUGGUCUUCGGCGCCUUCAUCUACAUCCUCCUCCCCCUUCUUCGCUUCAAGCCUCAACCUAAACAGAAGCAGUCCGUUCGUAUCUGCCUUACUGCUGCCCCUUCACUUGCGUCGCCGGUUGAGGUCCGUCGCAAGGCUUGGCUCACGGCCGUACAGAGCGUAUGGAUGCCACGUCACUUCUUGCUCGAAGUCGUCUCUGUUACAUGCAAGAUGAUCAUGCUUAGUCUUCGUCGUCUUGUCGGCUCUGAGUUUUACUCACGCGUCUCCGGCAAGACUCCUGAUGACGAAGCUGCUCGUAUCAAGGCAUGGGACAUUGCCAUCGACGCUCAACUCGCCGGUGGUGAUGCUGAGGUCAGUUACUACCGUCUGCUCCUUACUCUUAUGGCCUCCGGUACCCUGCCGGACUCACCCAUUCGUUUGAUGCAAAAGGCCGUUCACUUCCGCAUCUUCUUCUGGGAAGUUGCCAACGCAGGAUACGGUAAUAUGUUCAUGUUCCGCGACUUCACUGCGAAGGUUGGCAGGAUAUACUGGGACUCUGCUCGCAAGCAACAACACGCUCUUGCUGCUGGCGAGUACACCGAGAAGCAGAUCGCCGAUGAUAAGAUCGAGAGACUGCCUGAUUAUCUUGCUGAGUUAAUCGAGCUUGAUUGUGACGAUGUCCUGACUGAUGAGAUGAUCCAACGUGCCUACAAUCUUGCUUGGAACAGACCCAGCGCUGAGAAGACCAUCCCUAACCGGACCAUGAAUAGUGUCGUCGAGGAUCAUGCCAUCAGGUCUCCUCUCGAUGCGGUCGCAGCUUGGUUCGCCAACAUGACUGUCGACGCCGCUCUCACACGUUCCUUGGAUACCGAUAACAAAACCACUGUCGAUGUACAAUAUCUCAUCGACUUGGCCAACAAGACCGCUCCUCCUGCUUCGGCCACUCAGACUCGCGCACACGUGGCCAAGGCUGUACUCCUCGAUACUGACCGUGCAGCACACAUUGUUGCUGCUUUGGAUACACUGCCGAUGGUCACAUCCAACGACGGCUUAGACAUGCCAUCGAACAUGAUCACUCAUACUCCAAUCUCUCCCGACACACACAGUGCUUUGACACUGGCGAAGAUUCUCUCCAUCACUUCACCUACGAACCCCACCCCAGCACGCGUACAUGCUGCCACUGUCCUGACCUCGAUGCACCUCAUGCCCAACAGGAUCACAUUGCUUACCGCUGUCGCUGCCUUCAAAGUCCUGUCGGCUUUCUCGUCCGACGCACUGCUUUUCAACAGUGGCAAGCUCGGUUUGGAUGACUUGUCCGGUAACCUUAGAGUCUGGAUUGGUACUCGUGCUGCCAAGACUGCAGGUUUGACACGCGAGCAGAAGGCUACAGUUGUAGAAUCUUGCUUAGGCGUCAGUAAGCGUGUUGGCGGCUGGAAGGAUGAAGAAGAGAAGGAUAGCGGCUACGGCAGCCUAGAAGACGGUGAAAGAGAGGCCGCCACUUCUAAAUUGUAGAUGAGUUCGGUCUUUUUGUGUUUCGACGUUCGAGAAGAG